AUGAGAACCAGGAAGUUUACAUUUGUUGUCACUGUGGGACAUGGAUCAUGAAUGUAUAAAGAGAAAAGCUUAGCUGCUCUUCUGAACAGAGCAUCAUGGGUAACACGGAGAGUGUGUCGGUGCAGAAGCGACUGGCCCGCUUUCGCCCGGAGGAGCGGCCCAUUGUGGAGGGGGUCUUUGACAAGCUCCAAGGCGGCGCUGGGGGCUCUUCAGGAACCCCAGGGAAGACACCAGCAGGAAAGACUCUAACCCUGGAAAUGCUGCAGUCCUCAAUGGGCAGCGUGGCCCCUGAAUCUAUGGUAAGGAGGGUCUAUCAGUGCAUGUGCAGCAUUGAUCCUGGAGUGGCAGCCCCCCCAGCUGCUGGGAAGAGUAGCUCCUCUGCUGCCUCUGGAGUCGGGCGAGAGCAGCUGGUGAUCUUUCUGUCCGACACCCUGAGGGGCACUGCAGAGGAACGGGCCCCUCUGGUCAGGGCGAUGGCCCAGCGAGGAGCCGGGGCAGUUACUGCUGUCACCUGUGAGCAGGUAGCAGAGCUCCUUGAGGACCUGAUUUCUACUGUAGUUCAGAUUCUGGUCCACAGAGGGCGCCUGCAGGCCUGGAAGCCUGAGAGGAUGGGUGAUAGUUCUCUGGGUGUCAAACUGCUGGCAGAGCAGAUGUGUUCUGAGCUUAAACCCUCAGAUCAGGGUGGUUGUGAUGUUUCUUGUCUGGAGGACUGGAUCUUCAGGAUCCCACAGGUCUCGUUGUACCUUGAGAUGCUGGUAUCUGAGGGUCUAGAUGUGUCCCUGAGCGGCCGGCCGGCCCCCACCCUGCUGCCCCGCUGCAGGGAGACUCCUUGGAAAGAUCUCAGGUGUCUGCUGGACCUUCCCUCCCUCAUGUUCCUGGCACCACAGUUGCCAGACAGCUACAGCGCACCCUGGAAACUGGUGUUCUCCACACACCUGCACGGGGAAAGCUUCACCAGGAUGGUUACCGGUCUGACCAAGUGUGGCCCCACCCUUCUGCUCAUCAGAGACACCAAGGGCCAUGUUUUCGGGGGCUUCGCCUCCCACACCUGGGAGCUCAAACCUAAGUUCCAGGGUGACUCCAGAUGCUUCCUGUUCACUGUGUUCCCCAGACUGAGAGUUUACACAGCGACAGGAUAUAACGAACACUUCAUGUACCUCAACCAGAACCAGCAGACCAUGCCCAAUGGACUGGGUAUGGGGGGGCAGCAUGGAUACUUCGGCCUGUGGCUGGAUAGUGAUUUCGGCCACGGUCACAGCCGUGCACGGCCCAAGUGCACCACAUACGGCAGCCCCGUGCUGUCUGCGGAGGAGGACUUCACCCUGGAUUCUGUGGAGGUGUGGGCGGUGGGGAAACCCCCAGAACCAGAGGAGGGCGAGGAGGGACGGGGCAAAAAGAGUGUCCUGGAUAUGGACCCCGAAGUCCAGGCCAUGAUGGAGAUGACGGGGAAGACUCUACACAGUCAGGGCCUCAGGGAGCCAGAGGAGGAUCAGGAGCAGUGAGGGGGACCGGGGGGGGGGCACAAGAACAAUGUCCCGUCCACCUGGUACUCAAAAAAACUUGCAUUUGUCAUAUGAUAACGCUAAAUAACAUUUACACCUCACCUAAAGACACGUGUCCAGUGUCAAAUAUACCAGAUGUUUCCCUGCCUUUCAUUUACAAAAGCACAGCACUGAAAUCAUUCUCUGACAUGGAUCAGCUGUUAGAGACGGGUUAGCUACGGAAGAUGUCAUCAAGACAUCAACCGAGCUAACAAAGGCCUAACGAGGUCUAAAGGCUUUUAACGGGUCUUUAAUGUCUUGAUGAUUGAUAGAGUCCAAACUAAAUGUAAUGCACCCACAUCAUCUCAAUUGUCAUCUCAUUAAAUCUACUGAUGAAAGUAACACAGCGAAAUUGAAGGUUACACCACCAAUAUUCAUGUUAUAUAACAGUUAAAUAUAACAUGGAUUUUCCUGAAGGUGAGCCCAUUUUAAGAAAAGUCUAAUUAUAAAAAACUGUGGAAGAUUAUUUUUAAAGUGUUGAAAAAAACAUUGUGUUUUGGGAGACAGAAUCUGACACGGGCUCUUGUCAGCUUCUGUUCAGCUCAGGGGUGGCCACAUACAGAAAAACAAACAAAGGUCUGGGCCCCUCACUAGAGGUGAGGUAUAAUGCCUCACAAGUUAACUCACAAGUUAGCAAAAUCAAGCAAAUGUAGGUAAAUUAUUCUUAAUACUUGAAUAAGCUUUAAGAAAACAAACAGCGUACAUCACAGCUCUCCACAGGGUUUUAUUAUUAACUUUGGCAGCCUUACAUCUGAAGCCUUCAAGCGUGUUAUGUAAAUUAGUAAUUGGGCUUUUUUUAUCAACUAAGAUUUUUUCUAAGAUUUUUUCAAAUUUAAAUGACUGAAUUUAUGUGAAUAUGAGGCUUAUUAUCACAAAAAAAUACUGUGUAACAAAUGUUUACAUAUAUAUUUAAGAAGUACAAUAUAUAGUAAGACUAGCAAAAGUUUCAGGCCGGGGCCAUAUUCCAUUAUUCUUUAAGAAUAUGCUGAGGAAUUAAAAAAUGUUUAAAUGGACCACAGGCCGCAUUAGGCCCCUGGGCCUUAGUUUGGACACCCCUGGUGUAGGUGCUUCACCGUCAGUGUUUGUGAACAUGUGUCGAUUAAUAAUAUUCUUAUGAUCCGAUUAAUAAAUUCAACUGUCUCAGAAGCUGAGGAGAGACUUAGAGAAUUACUCCACUACCAGAGAGGUUGACUGUUUAUUCAGAGAUUACAAUUACUUCAUCCCUCCUCAAACUGACCCUUUACAGACGAAUAGAGGACUGCCGGAGAGGUGUCACCCUGACAGACCUGUGUUGUGUAUGCAGAUGUGAUGUGUAUUAUAUUGUCUUAUCGCAGUGGUUCAUGAUUUCAAGUCAAUUACAACUCACUGAGGACUUCAGCCCGACCAACAUGUGUGAUGUUAUGAACAAAUGUUUGCAAUAUCUUGAAGAAGCUAGCCAGUUUAUCAGGGCUCAGACACAUUAUAUAUUUAUUGUAUAUUUAUAAGAUGUAUUGAUUGAGUAUAUCAAUCAAACAAAACGGAAUAAAGUGUGGUGUAAGAGGUAGAGUGUUAUCAUGCAGUCAGCUCCUCCUUCAAGUUUUCAUUGUUUCAAAGGGUUUAAACUGGGAGCAGAAUUGUAGCCGAGGUCUCCUCUUUUCGAAAACAAACAGACCUGGGGAUUAAAACCAGCAAAGCUCUCUCACGUUCUUGUCCCUGCACGCUGUUCUGCUGCUGGUAAAGCUAGCUCAACUCGCUAAAGACUCAAAACCAAGAAAUAAAAUGAGGUCUUGGAUAAAGUUGUGACAGCUUCUGGCAGACAAGUGCAAGGCUGAGGUUUGCAAUUGAAUGGCAAUAUUAAAAACAGAAGAACAAUCCCAGUUUGGGAUAGAUAAAGUAUUUCUGAUUUCUGAAAUGGACCUUUCCCUUUAUUAAAAUGUAAGAUUUCUCCUGGUUUGAAAAUUGCUGGAAAUAUGUGUAUAGCGUGAGUAAACAACCCUAAGAAAUAUAUAAGGUACAUGGGUCUAGUGAAUUUUAGACAUUUUAAUGCGUUUAUGUUCAUCUGGUUGCUGACCAAUGGAAAACACUUACAUACCCUCAGCACCAGUGGGAGAGUACGCCCUCAAAACGAACCAGAGUAUUGUAAAUUUACAUAAAAUAUGGAUAAUGGAUAAUUGGAACCACAGCUAUAGAUGAAUUUGUACAAUUAUGCAGAAAGAAUCAUGAUAAUUACAAGGAUUUCCUGUGUGUGAGUGUGUGUUGUGAAUAAAUUAUUGCAGUGAAUAAAGGAAACGCUGCCCCCGCUGGCUGGAAGGUUUAACUGCUGUCCCUGGUGUUUCAGCGCAGUGACAUGUUGGUAUCUUCAUCUGAUCAUGACUGACUUUGAGACACGUAGUAAAAGUUGGCAUGAAAAUAAACGAGUGGAUCUGC